GCAAAGCCCAAAUUUCGAGCCCACUAUUUUGCAUAAUUAUGUGAGUAUCUGAGCUAGAGCGUAUCAGAUUCAAGGAAACAAAAUCAUGUUUUAAAUCCAAGUUUCAGCGCCAAUUUGUGGAGGCAAAUCGAAAUUUCAAAACAUUUCCCAUUUUCCAAUCUCCAAAAUCGAACUUAACAGCAGCCACACUCAAAAAUCAAAACCAAUUCAAACUUCAAACCACUUUCUCCUUCCCUCUCUCUUUGAUUUUCAACGAGCAAAAGCAGCAACCGCAGCUGAAUCUGAAAAAUUCAGGUAACUUCGCGAAACCCUGAAUCAGUUCCCGUCGAGUUUUCUGGAGUCACCGCUAGUCAGCUCAGUCUGUGUCGGCCCUAAGAUAAUCGAUUGUGCUUUGUGAAUUUUGUGCAUUUUUUGGGGGGGUUUUGAGUGUUUGACUCGUAGCUGAGGUGAAUCUUCACGGUUCAAUGGGGGCUGACCGCAAAGAUUUGGCUUUUUUCUGGUGAGAUUUUGAUUGCAGUUUUUAAUCAUGGGCUUCGCGAAUGUGUGCUGGAUUAGCAAGAUCCCGGGUAGAACCCAAUUGUGAAACCCCUCUUUUGUAGUUUGAUUGAGGGUUUCAUAGAAUUUGAUAUUUUCUGCUAGUCAAUUAAGGAAUAUUUCCCCCUUUCUCUCGUUUUUCUGCCUUUGAUUUCUUCUUCUCCUUCUUGUUGAUUGGAUCUAGGUUGAGUUUGGGGGUAGUAUCGAAUUCUAGUUCUGAAUUGGGAAUGAGGGAGCUAAGUAUUGAAUCGUUUUACGCACGGCUAAGAGAGUCAGCGAUAGCCUCAGCUUCAUCUGCCCCUCUUCUAAUUUUCCCUUCAACUUCGGAUGUUGAUUCACUAUGUGCGUUGAAAAUUAUAGGGCAUGUUCUUGAAUCUGAUUCGAUUAGGUAUGCCUGUUACCCAGUUUCGAGUUUCAAGGAAAUCCACAAGUAUGCAGGGCCUAACCUGAGUUCAUCCUCGAAUGAGCCCAUAACCAUUUUGUUGAUUAAUUGGGGUUGCCAUAGGGAUCUUCGGAGGGACCUGCAGAUUGGCCCCUUAGCUCGAGUUUUUGUCGUUGAUAGUCAUAGGCCGAUUCAUUUGCAUAAUUUGAGUGACCAGAAUGACUGUGUGGUGGUGCUUUACACGAGGGAUGAUGAGAACCAGGCCGAUCUGGUUUAUGAUUUUGAUGUGUCCACUGUUGCGAAUGCAAGUGAAUUGAACAGCGAUGGUGAGGUUGAAGAAGAUUCGGAGAGUGAGGAUGAGAGUGAUGUCGAGGAGGGUGGGGAAGUAGGUAGAAAGAGGAGGAGAGAUUCUGAAAAUGAGGGGAAUCCUGAUAAGUUGUUCAAGAAGUUGAAGAGAGACUAUUACUAUAUGGGCACAUACCAUGGGAAGCCAUCGGGAUGCUUAAUGUACGAGCUAUCGCAUUCCCUAAGGAAGAACAAAAAUGAGUUGCUCUGGUUGGCUUGUGUGGCUUUAACCGACCAGUUUGUACACGAGAGGUUAACUGAAGAGAGAUACCAGGCUGGGGUUAUGGAACUUGAGCAGCAUAUUAACAGCUCGGGAAACUUGGAUGCUGUUUCAUCCGUCACACUCAAGGAUGGCACAAAGGUUACUGUGCCUGAUUCUUCCAGAAUUGCUUAUGAGGACGAGCCUAGGUUGAUGUUAUUGCAAGAGUGGAAUUUGUUUGAUUCAAUGCUGUGCUCAUCAUAUGUCGCAACUAAACUGAAAACUUGGAGUGACCCUGGGUUGAAAAAUAUGCAGCUUCUUUUGGCUCGGAUGGGGUUUGCACGAGAAGAAUGCAAACAGAAAUACCAAUACAUGAAUGUAGAGAUCAAACACAGAAUGAAGGAUAUGUUUCAAAAGUUCCUACCCGAGAUUGGGCUCAGGGAUUUCUACUACAGGGGUUUCCUGCUAUUGCACGGGUAUAGCUCGAAAGUCUCUGCUGCAGAUGUGGUGUACGGGGUCACUGCUCUUCUAGAGUCGUUUGUGGAGGCAGAUGGCUCUUCUGGUUCAAAGCAGUUUGGUGUGGCAUAUGAUGCUUUGUCCUUCAACAAGGUCGAGAAGCUGGAACUGGGAAUGAGACAGGCUAUUAAGGUGCAACGUGCUGUUCUUAGACAAGGAAGCACAGCCAUAACAAAGAAGGGAUCAAUAAGAAGUGGCAGUAAAUUCAGAUGGGUAAAGCUGGAAGAUACUGCAGAUUCAAAGCUCUUAUGUCACCCUCAGGCUCUGACCAAAUUUGGGUUCUUUCUGAUGGAUGCUCUACGCGAGAAGGGAGCAAGAAUGAAGCCUCUGAUAUGUGUUUGCUACACUCAAGAACAGCAGAAAGUGCUGAUUGUUGGCAUAUGUGGGAAGCCACGCCUUGGUGCACGAAAUGGAAAUGCGUUUGGGAUUGCCUUCAGGAGCGCGGCUGAUGAGACCGGAGCUGAGUACUUUCACGAGCUCUUUGAAUCAUCAUGGAUAGUCUUGGAGGCGGCUGCAGUAAAUUCGUUCAUGAUCAGGUUAACCGAGAAACUAUUGUGAUCAUCUUUUCAAAUUUGUAACUCUUCCAUCUUUCAUUUGACUGUAAUUCUGUUAUAAUUCAUAGAUGUCUUUCUUUUGUUCUGCUAGACUAAUGCUUUCUCUAAAUAGUUUUAACUUGCAUGUAACAUCAUCACUAUUCAAUAACUAGAUUGAAUACUUCCACCAGACUAUAGUUUUCUUCUUUGAACACAACUCCAGCGCUGGAUUAUAGCAGAGGAUAUGAGAUAUGUGUAUCUGGAUCAACUCUAUCACCAUCAUCUUUAUCUGUAUUUUCUUGAAUAUAUGAAUAUGGAUGGCUUGGAGAACUUAGAAUCA